AUGAUUGUUAGUGUUGCUGCUAGUGUUCGAGUGCAUCCUGCUCCCAGCCCGGAAUAUCCAACAUUGGUUUUUGCUUGGUCUGCUCUUAAAUGCGUGGAUAUGUCCAGAGCAAAGAAAUCCGUACUUGAAUGUAACGAUCGAAUCUCUUUGCAGGGAUCACCAUUGUCGCCAUGGUCUUCUGCCGAAAAACAAUCACUUCACGAAAUGCUCAUGGAAAGGGCAAUCAAAGUCGGCCCCGGAAGCUAUAGAUUGCUAGCGCCCAAAAUCCCGUCAUCCCUUGCGUUGGCAGUGAGCCGGAUUCUCAAGCCGACAACAAGUGGUGAUAGUUCGGGACAAGAACCAGAGGAACCUGGAUCUCUAGCUGCUGAUAUCGCCUCUUUCAAAAGGGCAUCGUUAUGCGAAAAACGAGCAGUAAAGAAGAGAGUUUAUUUUCCGAAUUAUCCGCCAGAGGGAGCGCCUUCAAAGAAAACUAUUCGUAUUGUGAAAGCAGAUCCUGGAAAGUACCACGGCGCUACGCACGUCUCGCUAGACAAGUCUGUCCCUGAUCCAAAGUCCAGUGAAACUAUCGUAGUUGACGGCGACGAUCAAUCUGAAAUCUUAAUGGAGCCGGAGAUUGAUGUAGAUGGUUAUGAGGAAGUUGCUGCAGUAGAGGAGUACGAUGAUGAAUCAGGAACCCUGACCUCUCCAUAUUUGGUUGUCGAAGACCGUGACGUUAUCAGCGCAACAACGUUUCGUGAGCUCAAAGGCGAGAAUACCUAUUUGAAAGAGCAGCUUCAUGCAAGCGUUCUCAGGGUGAAACAGUUAGAAGCGCUUCUGUUAGAGCGAAAUACGCAUGUAAAAAAUUUGGUGUCCGAAAAUCUCCAGCUUUCUAUCAAAUGUCGGAAGUUGAUGAAUGCUUUAGGGGAAGAAGAAACUAGGGAGGCAUUAGCAUAG